GGGUCUUCCUGGAAAUUUUGACUGCAGAUGUUUUCUCUUAGCAGUGAGUGACUCAGAGGCUCGGACUGCUGGAGAAGGCCCACUCUGUAUUCAUUUCGCCUCUGUGGCUGGAUCCGGGUUCUCCACUUGACCCCUGCAACAGGCUGCAGGGUGUGUCCGCUGCGCCACCCAGCGUUGGCCUGCACCUCCCUCUGCCGGCGGUAGCCCUGUGUCACCAUGGUGCGCCCUUGUGGCCUACUAACUCGCCAAGAGGAACCAGUGCCACUGAAGAGCAUCUCUGUGACCUUGUCCAUUUGUGAAUUUGUGGCUGGUGUGUCUGCUACCUUAAAUUAUGAGAAUGAGGAGAAAACUCCUUUGGAGGCCUUCUUUGUAUUCCCCAUGGAUGAAGACUCAGCUGUCUACAGUUUCGAGGCCAUGGUGGAUGGGAAGAAAAUUAUGGCAGAACUACAGGACAAAAUGAAGGCCCACGGCAAUUAUGAGAAUGCCAUCAGCCAGGGCCACCAAGCCUUCCUAUUGGAGGAGGACAAGUGCUCCAGGGAUGUCUUCUGUUGUAAUGUGGGGAACCUCCACCCUGGGUCGAAGGUGGCACUCACCCUGAAGUAUGUGCAGGAGCUGCCCCUGGAAGCAGAUGGCGCCCUGCGCUAUGUGCUGCCAGCUAUCCUGAAUCCUCGGUACCAACUCUCUGGAGGGCCUGAGGACAGUUGCCUUAAUAUGAAGACUCCUGUAGUCCCUUUGGAGGACCUGCCUUACACACUCAGCUUGGUUGCCACCAUCACUUCCCAGAAUGGCAUCCAGAGAAUCCAAUGCAACUGCCCCUUGAGUCCCAUUGAGUACCUUGGAGAUGAGAAGACAUCUGCUCAGACUUCCUUGGCUGAUGGACACAAAUUUGAUCGAGAUGUGGAACUCCUAAUUUACUACAGUGAGGUGCAUCUCCCCAGUGUAGCUGUGGAGAUGGGGAAACCUACAACGGAGCCAGAUUGUUUGAUGGGAGAUCCAUGUGCAAUGGUGAGUUUCUACCCGAAUAUUCCAGAAGCUCAGCCACCAAUUACCUGUGGAGAAUUUGUCUUCCUCAUGGACCGCUCAGGAAGUAUGAGAGGCCCAAUGAGUAAACAGGAUAAAUCUCAGCUGCGCAUAGAGGCAGCCAAGGAAACACUGAUUUUGCUGCUGAAGAGUUUGCCUGUAGGCUGUUAUUUCAACGUGUAUGGAUUUGGAUCUUGCUAUGAGGCAUUCUUUAAGCGUAGUGUGAAGUACUCUCAGCGUACCAUGGAGGAGGCUCUGAGGAAACUUAAAGUUAUGAAUGCUGACCUAGGGGGCACGGAAAUCUUGACACCACUCAAGAACAUUUACAGUGGACCUUCCAUCCCAGGCCACCCUCUACAGCUUUUUGUCUUCACCGAUGGAGAAGUUACCGAUACAUUCAGUGUAAUUAAAGAAGUUAAGAGCAACAGUCUGAGGCACAGAUGUUUCUCAUUUGGUAUUGGAGAAGGAGCCUCCACCAGCCUAAUAAAAGGCAUUGCCCGGGUAUCAGGCGGUGCAUCAGAAUUUAUCACAGGCAAGGAGAGGAUGCAGGCCAAGGCUCUUAGGGCUCUGAAACGUGCUCUGCAGCCUGUAGUAGAAGAUGUUUCUCUGAGCUGGGAUUUGCCUCCUGGUCUCUCUGCUAAAAUGCUUUCCCCAGAACAGACUGUCAUCUUUAGAGGUCAGAGGUUAAUCAUCUAUGCCCAAUUGACUGGGAUGAUGCCGCCAGCAGAGGCAACAGGAGAAGUUUGCCUCAAAUACACCCUCCAGGGCAAGAGUUUUGAGAAUAAAGUGACAUAUUCUCUACAACCCAAGUCUGAUGCCAACCUUACCAUUCACCGUCUUGCCGCCAAGUCCUUUCUCCAGACCAAGGACAUGGGCUUCAGGGAGACUCCAGCAAAUGAUAAAAAAGAUGUGUUAAAAGUCAGCAUUGAGUGUGGAGUCAUAAGCUCCCACACAGCUUUCAUUGCCAUCAACAAGGAUCUCAACAAACCAGUUCAGGGCCCCCUGGUUCGUAGGGACAUUCCAAGGCCAAUUCUGUUGUGUGCUUCUGCUAUGAUGCCUCGUGGAGGUGUUUAUACAACGUCCUCAUCCUCCUACCGUCCUGCAUCCCGGCCCACGAGGAGCACUCCCUGCUACUCAAGCAUGUCAUACCGGCAGAAUCGUUAUGAUCCCCAUAUGUCCACCAUUAGCAAGAGCCUGUAUUCGCUAGUCUUCGGUGAUAAUCAUCUUGUACAGCUGAUUUCCCUCCAAAAAGCAGAUGGUUCCUGGGAUCUGAAUGAAGGUCUGGCCAUGGUUCUAGGUAUGAAUUUGGAAGAUAUACUGGCUGCGCUCCCUAUCCAGGAUGGGGAUUCCUCAGGCUGGGCCACGGUCCUGGCGGUGCUCUGGCUGCAUACCAAUGGUAAGGACAUGAAGUGUGAGUGGGAACUUCUGGAAAGGAAAGCUGUGGCCUGGAUUCACAUGCAUGCAGGCUCAGUCAUGAAUGUGCUUAUGAGAGCUGCUAUUGCUUUCCUGAAAUCAUCUGUGGAUCCUUCCAUCUUUGUCCUCUGAAGAUACCAUGCAGAAAAAACAAGUUCUUCUUCUAUGCUACUGUCCUUUUCUUUACGCUUUCUUCUGCUGUAAUGUGUUUCUGUAGUUUACACCUAUCCUGUGAGUUUCUUGUCAUAAAAGUAAAGGAUGCCCACCCCACCUUACCCCUGUGUUCCAGGAUAUGAUUUUCCUUUCCCCAGCAAGUACCCUCAGUGAAGUGUCAGUGGUCCCAGAACCUGUUCCCAUUUUUGGAGGAGUUCAAAGGAUUCCUAGGCAGUAAUGUUCCUACCAGGUUUUCUAGAGUGAUAGCAUGAAAAACAAGUGACAUAGACUCCAAACUAAAGAUUACAGCAUUGAUGUUAGAGAAUGCCUGAAUUAGAGAAUUCUCUGCAUUAUUUCUGUCUAUUUGCUUUUGAUUUUAUAUACUUAUCAGGACCAGAUUUGUGAGCUAUGCAGUUUUCUAUUCUUAGAGAGGAAGGGAGGCUGAAAGUCAGCACAGGGAUUGAUACAACCUCAAGAUGACAAAGAGAGAGACUCAAGGGGUCCACUGUGAGCAGUGGCACUGUUGGGGACCUUCUUGAUGGAUUCUGUUUGGGUUUCGCUACCCUAUACUGCAUGUCUUCCCUCUCAUUGCCAAACGGACUUGGGUUGAGUCAUACCUCUUGGGGACAUGUUUCUCCUGAAUAAGGAAACAUCGUAGUAAAAGGGUGAUAAUAGAAUCCUUAGUCCUAGCCUGAACCCGUGAGGCCUUCAAAUCAGGCUCUGAUCUAGUACACUAAAGGAAAAAAAAAGUUUAAAGGUAGCUUUGCCUGAGACCUUAACCACCCCAUGAUAAAGGAAGGAGCGCCCCUUGAUUGUGAUCUUGAUGUUCCACAUACUCUAUCCUAGUAAAAAUGACCUUAUUUGAUGUGCUGUCUCCUAAAAUGCUGUUGUAUCAAUAUUAAAAUGACUAUCUCUGCUCUGCA